AUGGUUAAAGUAGACAUCAAAUAUACUAAGUUGUUCAUCAACAAUGAGUGGGUGGACGCUGUUAGCAAGAAGACCUUCCCAACUAUCAACCCUCAAGAUGAGACUAUCAUCACACAGGUGGCUGAGGGCGACAAGGCUGACAUAGACUUGGCGGUAGCCGCUGCCAAAAAAGCCUUCCACCGAUACUCCGAAUGGCGUACUCUAGAUGCCUCCCAAAGAGGGCGUUUGCUUUUGAAGUUGGCUGAUCUUUUAGAAAGGGAUGCAAAAUAUUUAAGUGAGUUAGAGACCCUAGAUUGUGGCAAACCCGUAAAGCAAGCCCAUGGAGAAGUUCUUUGGUCUGCUGGAAUCCUCAGGUACUAUGCUGGCAAAGCUGACAAGAUUCUAGGGAACACUAUCCCUGCAGAUGGUGAGGUGUUGACCUUCACACUAAAAGAGCCUGUGGGAGUUUGUGGUGGUAUUUUACCAUGGAACUAUCCCAUCCCCAUGUUCAUCUGGAAAAUUGCUCCUUCUUUGGCUGCCGGUUGCACUGUCGUCAUCAAGCCUGCUGAACAGACUCCCCUCACUGCCCUGGCCGUGACGGCUCUUGCUAAGGAAGCUGGAUUCCCAGCCGGAGUACUCAACAUUGUUCCUGGUUACGGACCCACCGCCGGAGCUGCGUUAACCCACCACCCUGACGUCGACAAAGUCGCCUUCACUGGUUCCACGGAGGUGGGCAGAAUUAUUAUGAGUGCAGCAUCUGCGGUCAAUCUAAAGCGUGUUACAUUGGAACUCGGAGGCAAGAGUGCUCUGGUCAUCUUCAAUGAUGCUGACGUUGAUAAGGCAGCACAAAUCGCUCACAACGCCGCUUUUGCCAACGCUGGGCAGUGCUGUGUUGCCGCUACAAGGACCUACGUACAAUCUGGCAUCUAUGACAAGUUCGUCGCCAAAGCUACUGAGAUUGCUAAAAAGAGGACUGUCGGAAACCCCUACGAAGAUGUGAUUCAAGGACCUCAGGUUGACUCAGACAUGUUCAACAAGGUCAUGAGCUACAUCGAUGCUGGUAAAAAAGGCGGUGCUCGUUGCGUAGCUGGUGGAGAACGUCAAGGUAACAAGGGGUACUUCAUCCAGCCCACCGUCUUCGCCGACGUGAAAGAUGAUAUGAAAAUUGCCAAAGAGGAGAUCUUCGGCCCAGUCCAGAGCAUCCUAAAAUUCGACACCUUCGAUGAAGUAGUAGACCGCGCUAACAACUCUAACUACGGUUUGGGAGCUGGUGUGAUCACAAAUGACAUCACCACAGCGCUAGCCUUCGUAAAGCACGUGCGCGCUGGCUCCAUGUGGGUUAACACAUACGAACAUGUGACACCGCAGACACCUUUUGGCGGAUUCAAGGAGUCUGGAAUUGGACGCGAACUUGGCGAAGACGGUAUCCUGCAAUACUUGGAAAACAAGACUGUCUCUAUCAGCCUCCCCAAGAAACCUCAACUAUAA